CAUUCGAACUUAUGUUUUUGGUACAGAGAGUAGCACCCCAUCAUGGACGCGUCACUCACGACAAUAACCUGGGAAGUUGAGAAUCGUGUGAUUAUUGUGAAUCAGUGAAAUUUAUAAGAUUUAUACAUUUAUAAGUUUAUAAAGCUUGCUUUUGAAGUUUCUGCAGUGUUUCCCUUUCUUGGGGAAACAUGUCGGAUUCAGAAGGAAGUAAUUUUUCCGAAAAUGAGAGCGAACGAGGAGGUCGCCGAGGAGGUGGCAGCGAUAGUGAAAUUGAGGAGAAUCAUUCCAGAAAAAGUGUCUCGAGAUCUAGAUCUAGAUCAAAGUCAAGAUCAGGAUCGAGAUCAAUGUCUAGAUCAAGAUCCAGGUCAAGAUUAAGUAGAUCAAGAUCUAGAUCUCGUUCCCGGUCUCGUUCACGAUCUCGCUCAGGGUCUGUUGCUGAAGCUGAAGAAGCCAGAUCAGGAGAUGAGGAUGUUGAACCUGAGGAAGAACCUGAGGGAGAAGAUUUAGAUGACAGUGAGUAUGACGAGGAGGAAGAUGAAGACGACGAUAGACCAAGGAAAAAGAAGAGAAAGGAUAGAUGCAAUGACUUCAUUAUUCAUGAAGCCGAGGUUGACGACGAGGUUGAAGAUGAUGAGGAUUGGGAAGAAGGUGCUCAAGAAAUGGGUAUUGUGCACGAAAUUGAGGAAGCUGGACCCACAGCUCGAGAAAUUGAAGGCAGAAGAAGAGGAACAAAUCUUUGGGAUUCACAGAAAGAAGACGAAAUUGAAGAAUAUCUUCGCAAAAAAUAUGCGGACGAGUCAAUGGCUGCUCGUCACUUCGGAGACGGUGGCGAGGAAAUGGGUGACGAAAUUACUCAACAAACUUUACUUCCGGGUGUUAAAGAUCCAAAUCUUUGGAUGGUCAAGUGUCGUAUUGGGGAAGAAAAAGCGACACUUUUAUUGUUAAUGAGAAAAUUCUUAUCAUAUCAAACUGCUGGUCAGCCACUUCAAAUAAAAUCGGUCGUUGCUCCUGAAGGAAUAAAAGGCUAUCUCUACAUUGAGGCGUACAAACAACCACAUGUGAAAUCUGCCAUCGACAAUGUUGGCAAUUUGAGAAUGGGUAUCUGGAAGCAGCAAAUGGUGCCGAUCAAGGAAAUGACGGACGUCCUGCGAGUUGUAAAACGACAAUCCGGCUUGAAGAAGAAGCAAUGGGUGAGACUCAAGAGAGGCAUCUACAAAGACGACAUUGCUCAGGUUGAUUACGUCGAUUUGGGACAAAAUCAAGUCCACUUGAAACUAUUGCCGAGAAUUGAUUACACAAGACCUCGUGGCGCUCUACGAACAGCUCAAAGCGAAUCAGAGGCUCUGAAACGAAAGAAAAAACGACGACCACCGGCGAAGCCUUUCGAUCCCGAAGCUAUUCGUGCUAUCGGUGGAGAAGUGACGAGCGAUGGUGAUUAUCUUCUUUUCGAAGGCAAUCGAUACAGUCGCAAGGGCUUUUUGUAUAAAAGUUUCACAAUGAGCGCAAUUAUCGUCGAGGGAGUGAAACCAACACUUUCCGAAUUGGAGAAAUUCGAAGAGUCGCCAGAAGGAAUUGACAUUGAAUUAAGUGGCACACCAUCGACCGGUGCCUCUACUGGAAAGGAAGAUUCAACUGUCACUCAUUCAUUCAGUAAUGGUGACAAUGUCGAAGUCUGCGAAGGUGAAUUGAUGAAUCUUCAGGGAAAAAUCGUCUCCAUCGAUGGGAAUAUGAUUAUGGUUAUGCCUAAACACGAGGAGCUUAAGGAAGCUCUCGAAUUUCAAGCCAAUGAAUUGCGAAAAUAUUUUACCAUGGGUGAUCAUGUGAAGGUUGUUGCAGGAAGGUACGAGGGCGAUACGGGUCUAAUUGUCCGUGUCGAGCAUAAUCGAGUCGUUCUAUUUUCCGAUUUAUCAAUGCAUGAAUUGGAAGUGCUUCCUAGAGAUUUGCAGCUCUGUUCUGAUAUGGCGACGGGAGUUGACAGUAUGGGUCAGUUCCAGUGGGGCGAUCUCGUUCAAUUGGAUCCACAAACUGUUGGCGUGAUAGUGCGACUUGAACGUGAAAAUUUCCACGUUCUCUCGAUGCAUGGAAAAGUUGUUGAGGCUAGACCUCAAGGUCUGACAAAACGCCGAGAGAAUCGACACGCUGUCGCUCUUGACUCCCAGCAAAAUACUAUUCAGAAAAAGGACGUCGUCAAGGUUAUCGAUGGACCACACGCUGGAAGGGGUGGUGAAAUUAAGCAUCUCUAUAGAAGUUGCGCGUUUCUUCAUUCAAGAAUGUACAUCGAUAAUGGUGGUAUAUUUGUUUGUAAAACAAGACAUCUGCAACUUGCUGGUGGAAAUAAGGCAACAAUUACACCAUCAAUGUCGCCAAUGGCUGGAUUUAUGUCACCGAGAAUUGCUUCGCCUAUGCAUCCUAGUGGUGGUGGUUUCGGAAGAGGAGGAGGUGGUGGAGGAAGGGGAAGAGGACGAGGUGCUGGUGCAAGACGUGAUCGUGAAUUGAUUGGCACUACUAUCAAGAUCACCGGAGGACCCUACAAAGGAAACGUUGGAAUUGUCAAAGACGCCACUGAGACAACAGCCAGGGUUGAACUUCAUUCGACUUGUCAAACAAUUUCAGUUGAUAGAUCGCAUAUUGCUAAUGUCGGAGUUCCAACGAAAGACGGUGGUUUCAGCAGUUACAACAGAACACCUGCUUAUGCUGCUGGAAAUCAAACUCCAAUGUACGGCAGGGACGGUUCCAAAACUCCUAUGCAUGGUUCUCAAACUCCCAUGUACGAAACUGGUUCUCGUACUCCUCAUUACGGCUCAAUGACGCCGUCUCAUGACGGAUCGCGUACGCCUGGACAAUCGGGUGCUUGGGAUCCGACAGUCACUAAUACUCCAGCCAGAACAAACGAUUUUGAUGGAUACAGUAUGGAAGAUGGUGGAUCACCGGGAUAUGCUCCGGGAUAUUCAGCAGCGGGAGGACCGUUUACUCCUCAAACACCUGGAACGAUGUAUGGAUCAGAACAAAGUUACGGACCCUAUCAGCCGAGUCCAAGUCCAGCUGGUAGUGCAACUGCUAGUCCCAGUCCACAAGGUUAUGUGGCAACUCCGUCACCGUCGGGAACUGGAUACACUGCUAGUCCGCAUGGACCUUUCGCUACCCCAUCUCCUGUGGGGUACAGUCCUAUGACGCCUGGAAUAGCGGGAAGCCCAUACAAUCCGCAAACGCCUGGAUCAGGAAUAGACAUGGGUGUUGGAUCAGGACUAAUGGGCUCUGAAUGGCACACCACUGACAUUGAAAUUAGAAUACGUGAUUCUCAUUCAGAUCCUGGACUUGCUGGACAAACUGGUGUUAUCAGAGGAAUUUCCGGAGGAAUGUGUGCAAUUUUCCUACCGGAUGAAGAUAGAACAGUAAAUUUAGAAUGUGAUCAACUGGAACCCAUUGUACCAUCACGUGGAGAUAAAGUGAAAGUUAUUCUGGGAGAAGAUCGAGAAGCCGUCGGUGUACUUUUAUCAAUUGACAACCAAGAGGGUGUCGUUAAAAUUAAUGACGAAGAAGUGAAAAUGUUGCAGCUAAGAUUCCUCUGUAAAAUGAAAGGCUGAACUUAUUAGCAAACAAAUGUUUCAGUUUACGUUUAUCUACAAGAUAAAUGAUAAUUAAUUUUGCUGGAACUUGUUGUAACAUUAUGUGAAGAUAAAGUAAUUGUGAUCUUCGAAGUAAACCGAGAGAUGAUUUCGAUAUUCAGUUGAGAUUCAUCUACAAAACUGAAAAAACUAAAAUUAUUCCCAAACGAAACAUUGCAGUUCAAAUCUAUUUGUAAAUUGGAUUAUUAAAAUGGUUUUAGAAACUUAAUGUUGGUAUGUUUCAAUUUAAACUAUUUAUUUUUAUUAUUCUUUUUUGACAAAAUUGUUUCUUAGAGCAAUAUUUCCAUUUAUAAAUUAAUAAAUAUUUUGAAAAUGUUAGUGCAUAUCUUGUCUUCUAGCGGUGUACAAAAUUGUGUAGAAUGUACAACACAAGCAUAACAUUAAAAAAUUUAUCCAAUAUAUUAAAA